AUGGACAGCCCAACAGAUUCGCCGCUAUUUGACGACUCCCCCCUACCGCCUCAACUUGGGCUUCCCAUGAUUGUAGUGAUGGGUGUAACUGGGUCGGGAAAGAGUUAUUUUAUCAAUAAGCUUGCAGGUCUUCCUGCAGUCGCAGAGGGGGCUCAACUGGAUUCAUGUACACAGCGAUGUGAAGUAGUUCCUGUCUCAAUCGGAAGCACUCGGACUCUUCUCAUCGACACGCCUGGUUUUGAUGAUACCGACCGUACAGACUCUGAUAUCCUGACUGAGAUCGCAAGAUUACUUGCUAGCCAGUACACUCUCGGGUUUCAGUUAAAAGGGAUCAUCUAUGUCCAUCGCAUUACAGACAACCGGUAUACAGGUUCAGCCGUUAAAACGUUUGAGAUUUUCAGACGAAUCUGCGGGGACGAGGCGAUGAAGAAUGUAGUUCUUAUUACCAGUCGCUGGGACGAGGUUGACGAGCCGACUGGGGCUAGCCGGGAGCGCCAACUUCGCGAGAAAUUUUGGGCUUACAUGCUUGGUCGAGGCUCGUGUAUGAAUCGCUUUCAUGGGGAUCGCGAUUCAGCUCGGACUAUUGCUGCACAGCUACUUAUCAAAGAAACAGUCACUUUGAAGCUCCAGGAAGAAAUGGUCAAUGACGGUAUGCAACUAAGUGAAACAACUGCUGGCUCGUAUGUCAGUGAUGGUCUCGAGGAGCUGAAAGCAAAAUACGAGAGAGAAUUGCAAGCCCUCGAGGAUCUUCGAAGAGAGCUUCAAGAGAGUGAUAGAAUGAUGAAGCGCCAAGUGCAAUUAGACAUACAGCGUGAGAGGGACCGGCUCAAAAGCGCCGAACAGCAACAGGUUAGUCUUGAACGAGACAUCGCAGGAGAAGUCCAAGAGGAAAUUCGGAAGGAGACUAAAAGGCAAAGGUUCGUUAAAGGGCUCAAUAAAGCCCUCCCGUUCGCCCCAAUGGCUAUCAACAUACUUCUUCUUUUCGUCGGCGUGCCCCCGGGCAUGGUUGACCGUCUUAAUCGAGGUGGACCCUCUCCAAUAGAACAAGCGUGUGACGAACGUUUUGAUAAACUGGAGGCAAAAUACCACCAAACGAAGGAAAAGAACAAAAAGCAACAGAUAGAGAUGGAGCAUCUGCACGACCAGGUCCAAGCGUUAGAGGAGUCUAACCAGAUCAUCAAGAGACGCAACGACAAGCUCCAGGGCUACGUAGACAAUAAAGAAGCAGCUCUAGGGUAUCAGGAGUCCGACGAAGCAAUUACUUCUAAGUUCCGUAGCUUAUAUCAUCAGAUUAGAACGUGGGCGAACAAAUUCUGUGUAAACAGCGACAAACCGAUUAAGCUAGGGUUUCCGGAUGAAGAGCAGUUCCGGCUUCUACAGCGCGUGUUACCGAUGAUGGGAAAUGUCGAUGACUGGGCUACCUGCCUCUCCGAUAGCAAGCGACGACGUAAGUUCGUUCGCGGCUGGGUGGCUCUUAAUGUUACCGAGACCAUGUUUCGGACGUUACCAUCCAAGAAUUACCAAUGGGAUUCUGGUACCGACUAUUGGAUCCCGGAACAAACUCGUCGGGGACUGGUAGAUGUAGAGCGAGCCCUGUUGAACUCAGGACAUGCCAUAACAUUAAGCAGCUUUCACCAAUGGCGGGCUGUUACGAUGGCGCUCCUCGCCAAGAAGUACCCCGACUUCACCGAGGAAGAUAUCAUGAUAGAAAACGCAGCAUCCGUGCUCAAAGUAAUCAAUCCCCUAGGACACGAUCGCGAUCCGACCCAGCGGCUCAUUGAAAAUGUAUACAAGCCAGCACUAGAACUCUCUCGCUUGCUUCGGCGCCAACGUGCCUCGUGGUCAGUACGUUUCCCGGCUACCAGACAACAGCCUGUGCCGGGUGGUAAUACUGCCGCGAUACCCACCGCUUUGAGGGCUAUCUUUGACGAUGGUGUCAUGAAGGAUAUGGAUCUAGACGAGGAAGAAAUACCAUCGUCGGAUCAAUAUUGUCAUAAAUACGUUGAGAUUAUCGUCGGUCCAGCACUGUUCAAGAGCGGGAAUAUUGAUGGAGAGCAAUAUGAUAUGGAGAAUGUCAUGGAAAAGGCCGAAGUGUCUUGUGCUCCAGCUCCGAGCUUGACUUCUGGGUGA